UUUUGAAUUUUUAGUGAGAUAGAGAGAGAGAGAUUGGUGUCGUUUGUAUCUUCACUUUGACUUGAGCGCGCUACCUUUGCAAUCUUGUAUUCAACUACUCAGAUUAUAAUAAUCUUCUUCUUCUUCUUCAUCUUCUUCAGUUGUAAAGUUAGAAACAGAUAAAGCUAACACUUUCUCCCUUAUUGCUCAAGAUCUCUCAGUUCAGCUACUCUACACAACACUAAUUAAGCCAAUCUUGUAAUCGAAGCCAAAGAUGACAAAAGCAAUCCAAUCGAUCCCUUACGAAAGGAUUUUCUUCUGCCUUUUUGGGUAUGUUUUGUUGCGUGAACGGGCGGUGGUUGGAGAUCCUAGAUCCCAUACGAUCCAAGUUAUGUGUGGACGCCAACUGGAGCACAACGCAACUAUCUUCGUGCCAAAUUUUGUUGCCACAAUGGAAAACAUCAGUGAACAGAUGCGUGUGUCCGGCUUUGGAGUAGCAGUUUCAGGCUCUGGACCUGACAUUAACUAUGGCCUUGCCCAAUGCUAUGGGGACCUGUCUUUACUUGACUGUGUACUAUGCUAUGCCGAGGCACGUACGAUUCUUCCACAAUGCUAUCCUUAUAAUGGGGGUCGCAUUUACCUUGAUGGUUGCUUCAUGCGAGCUGAGAAUUAUAGUUUCUAUGAAGAAUAUCUAGGACCUGGAGAUAAGGCUGCUUGUGGAAAUACAACGCGUAAGAAUUCAACAUUUGCGGAAUCGACAAGGCAGGCUGUCUCACAAGCAGUCACUAGCGCAUCAAAUAAUCAAGGUUAUGCACGGGUACAGCUCCCAGUUCCGGGCACAAACGAGUCAGCUUAUGUGUUAGCUAAUUGCUGGAAGACAUUAAAUGCAAGCUCUUGCAGGGAAUGCUUGGAGAAUGCCACUGCAUCUAUAUUGGGAUGUUUGCCCUGGUCGGAGGGCAGAGCACUAUAUACUGGGUGUUUCAUGAGGUACUCGGAUAUAGAUUUUCUCAACGAAGAACUUGGGAAUGGAGGUUCCAGAGGGAGCAUUGUAAUAAUAGUUGUUUCAGUUAUCAGCUCUCUGGUGGUUUUAGGACUUGGAGUAUCUAUAGGAGUUUAUGUAUGGAAACGCAGAUAUAUAAUGAAGAAAAGAAGAGGUUGUAAUGAGGCUCGAAAGUUGGCCAGAACCCUCAAUGACAGUAGCUUGAACUUCAAGUACUCGACACUAGAGAAGGCCACUGGGUCUUUUGACGACACCAACAAGCUUGGACAAGGAGGAUUUGGAUCUGUUUACAAGGGAGCUUUACCUGAUGGAAGGGAGAUUGCAGUGAAGAGGCUUUUCUUUAACAACAGACAUAGAGCUGCGGAUUUCUACAAUGAAGUAAACAUGAUAAGUAGUGUGGAACACAAAAAUCUGGUCAGGUUGUUGGGGUGCAGUUGUUCUGGACCUGAAAGCCUUCUCGUCUAUGAAUUCCUGCCUAACAGGAGUCUCGAUCGUUUCAUCUUCGAUCAGAACAAAGGCAAGGAGCUGACCUGGGAGAAGAGAUAUGAGAUAAUUACUGGCACUGCAGAAGGUUUAGCCUACCUUCAUAUGAACUCCAGUAUCAGAAUCAUUCACAGAGAUAUAAAGGCCAGCAAUAUCUUGUUAGAUUCAAGGCUUCGCGCUAAAAUUGCUGAUUUUGGGUUAGCCAGGUCUUUCCAAGACGAUAAGAGUCACAUCAGCACAGCCAUUGCAGGAACAUUAGGUUACAUGGCUCCGGAAUACCUAGCCCAUGGUCAGUUAACAGAAAAGGUAGAUGUCUACGGCUUUGGGGUGCUUUUGUUGGAGAUUGUUACAGGAAGGCAGAAUAAUAGGAGCAAAAACUCAGAAUACACGGAGAGUCUAGUCAUACUAACGUGGAAAAAAUUCCACGCAGGAACUGUGGAGGAGCUUUAUGACCCAAAUCUGAUGCUGCACAACCACCAUGAUAACAAUGUUAAGAAUGAUGUUAAGAGAGCAGUGCAUGUGGGCCUUCUGUGCACCCAAGAAAUCCCAUCACUUCGACCAACAAUGUCAAAGGCUCUACAAAUGCUAACAACUGAGGAACAUCUCCCUCGGCCCUCUAAUCCCCCUUUCAUAGACGAAAUGACCAUGGAACUCAAUGACACAUGCGAGGACCCAUGUUACCCCCUUAAUUCUGCUACUUCGGCAUCAAUUGCCACCGUUGAAAAUAGUUCCUUCCACCCAAGAUAACCUCAAGACGGAUGAAGGGUAGAUUUUACAAAGGAACGGUGCACCAUACUGCUUCUAUUUAUUGAAAUUGGCCAAACAUCUGUGGCCACAGUUCCACUAAUUCAAGCACCGUGUCAGAAGCAUUUGCAAAAAGAAUAUGAUGAUGGGCAUAUGAGAAGUUGUCAAUAAAUUAUACAGUUGUAAAGAUGAGAUUGAGUGCAGUAAUGCCAAUUCCUAUAUUCAUCGUGGAGUUGGACAAGAGUGCAUGACAAUGUAAAGUUUUACUGACUGAUUUAUAAAAUUUUGUAGGUUUAAAUAAACAAAUCUAGCUCGAGGAAAACUAGAAUUACAAGUUUUAAGAUCUUUUUGAAAAUAAAAAUCAUGUAAGAAUACAAACUUCU